AAACGUAGAAUCUAAUUAAGAACUUAGUGCUUGUUAAGAAGACAAAGGUGAUCAAUCAUGGCAGCCCUCAAGUCCCUCGUUUCUCAGCUUGCAGUUCUGAUGCUCGUGGUGCUUGCUGUGCAGACCCAGACAGCUCAGGCACAGAUGAGCUGCCCUGCUGAGCUAAGCAACCUCAACGUGUGCGCACCCUAUGUGGUGCCAGGUGCAGCCAACGUGGUUCCUAGUUCUGAGUGCUGCAGUGCACUCCAAUCAGUGCAACAUGACUGCCUCUGCAGCACUCUGAGGAUCGCUUCCCAGCUUCCGGCUCAAUGCAAUGUCCCUGCCGUCUCUUGUGGUAUAAAUUAGAGAAUUGAAUGCAUGGAUGUGAUACUCGACGUUGAAUAAUGGACUUGAAGUUUAAAUAUUUUGCUUUUAUUUUCCUUUUUGUUUCUUUUUUCCUCUUGUCCCUAGCUGGUGAUAACUUCUGACCAGCUUAAUUGGAUCUCUCAUCAUCAAUCAGAAGUAUGGGCAUCCAACAGAUGAUCAGAACUAUGGCAUUAUAAUGAAAUAAAGAAUUAUACUUUUGCUAAU